AUGAACUGGGCCAACAUCCGGGGCGGCACUGGUAACCGAAACAUGUACAAAAUCCCGACCCGGGACAACACGCCGUACGACCUGGCGUCCGUGCUACAGUACAGACUCAAUGCGUUUGCAGUCGACUCUCGCUAUCCUACAAUUACAGUCAAGGAUAGUCGGUUAUCGUUCUUAGCAGACACAGCAGUAGGACUGAUGUUCUAUGACACCAAAGACGUAACAAUAAAUUACCAAUGUACUCAACAAUGUGUAAAUCCGCCCACCUGUUUAAACGGGGGAUUCCUCCUCCACACGUGUCAAUGUUACUGCCCGGCUGACUUGUACGGAACUUCAUGUGAAAUUGUGUCCACUCACUCAGAGUGUGGGGGGAUUAUUGAGCUGGCCUCGGGGGAGGAGCGGACCAUCACGACACCAGGCUGGCCAAACUCAUACAACCUGGGGAGGAGGUGCAUCUGGGUGGUCAAGGGUCCACCAGAAAACCAUAUAAAGUUGUCUAUAGAUUCUUUGGCGCUGAAUUACAUCAACACCUACUGCUACCACUGGUUGGAGGUUCGAUAUAACCUGGCAGGACAGAGGGGUCCGAGAUUAUGUGGAUACAGAAACAAUGAAGCUUACGUGACGACAGACGACGAAAUCAAAAGUCAGAUGAUCAUUAAGUUUGACAGUCUGACGACCAACCGGGCGGCAUUAGCGGGGUUCUCCAUCCGAGUACAAAGUCUCAACUCAGGUUGUCUCAAUACUCACUGUAUGUUUGGAACCUGUCGUAGCUCGGAUGGAGUCUGCGUUUGUAAUACCGGGUUCUCUGGAACCAGGUGUGACCAGAUAGCCGACACUUCCAGCCUGACGGCAACUUUUGAGACCGGGGCUGGAUUACCCUUCCUACAAAACGAGGGGAACGCAUACGAUUGGAGCCUCAGAUCGGGACCUACACCCACGGAUAACACUGGUCCACCGGGGGCACAAGAGGGGUCAACUUAUAUCUACCUAGAAACGUCUUCUCCACGCGUGCCGGGUGACAUUGCUACGCUGACGUCAUCAGCCGUCACAUUUUCAUUGGCCAUCUCCCGGUGUUUGAAGUUUUAUUAUUCUAUGUACGGAGCUAAUAUGGGGACAUUAAACGUUUAUUAUCAGAGCGGAACUGGGGCCCGAACCUUGGCCUGGUCACGCUCUGGUGAUCAAGGAAACCAAUGGAAUUAUGCGGAGGUGGAAAUUCCCAAUGUCUCCAAUGUUAGGGUAUCCUUUGAUGGGGUUCGAGGCAGCGGGCAUCUCAGUGACAUUGCUUUGGAUAACGUUCAGUUGCUUAGUGCUACAUGUGCAUCAUUGGCAACCACCACAACGACCACGCCUACAACUACGACCACGCCCACCACCACGACAACCACGCCCACAACUACGACCACGCCCACUACUACGACCACGCCCACCACUACGACCACGCCCACUACUACAACCACACCCACCACUACGACCACGCCCACCACUACGACCACGCCCACUACUACGACCACGCCCACCACUACGACCAUGCCCACAUCUACAACCAUGCCCACGACUACGACCAUGCCAACAUCAACAACCACGCCCACAACGACAACCAUGCCCACUACGACCACGCCCACUGCUACGACCAUGCCCACAUCAACAACCACGCCCACCACUACGACCAUGCUCACAUCAACAACCACGCCCACCACUACGACCAUGCCUACAUCAACAACCACACCCACCAGUACUUCAACAACCACCACAACUACAGCAAUAACAACUUCUACAACACCUACUGUUGCUUCGUGUAGCUUUGAGGACGGAGCCAGUUGUACCUUACGUAAUCUGAUCCCUCCUCCUAUUGGUCUACAGGCGCCGGAUCUGUUCAGGGACAAUUUUGAUUGGGUGCUCACAGGAACGGGAGCCACCCCCUCCAGAAACACGGGCCCGACCUCGGCGUCCGAGGGUACCCGUUAUGCGUAUAUAGAGGCGUCCAACCCCAGGGUCGCUGGAGACAGGGCGGUGCUAAGGACAUCGAGUAACUUCCAAGGCAAUCCCCAGUGCCUAACGUUUGACUACCAUAUGUUUGGAUCUUCCACCGGAAUGGGGGAUUUAAAAAUCUACUCCAGCAAUAUAAACAAUGAAAUCACGUUACUAUGGUCACGUGAGGGUAACCAAGGAAACCAGUGGCUAUCUGCCUCUGUAGACGUACCGACAGCCACGGGACUUGUGAUCUUUUUCGAAGCAACUCGGGGUGGUUCUUACAAGAGUGAUAUCGCCAUUGAUGACGUACGCAUUACCCAGGGUUCCUGCGGCUGUAGCACAAACCCAUGUAAAAAUGGCGGACAAUGUACACAAACAACCACAGGGUUUACUUGUCAAUGUACUAGCGGGUUCGGUGGGAACGCUUGUGACGUCAUAGUCGGGCCAGUGAUGUGUGACUUCAAUACCGGAAAUACCUGUAGCUUCCUAUCUCAGGCCACAAAUGACAGAGAUGACUGGAGAUUUGGGACGCGAACUCCGAGUUACAAGACAGGACCACAAUACCCCGUGGACGGCAUUUUCGCCUACACCGAGGCUUCCUUCCGGUUCUGGGGAACCACCUACAUACUAACCACUGCCGGCUCACAGCUACAGGAGAGCCCAUGGUGUCUAACAUUCCAAUACAACAUGUACGGAAAUAGAAUGGGGACGUUCGAGGUCAAUGCAGGGUCAAACGGGAGUUUGACGAGGGUUUGGACACGGUCCGGUAACCAGGGCCGGAGCUGGAAAUCCGCAGCUAUAUCAAUAAAUUCGGCUCCAAAUCUUGUAAUAAACUUGGAGGUAAUCCGAGGUUGGGGAUAUAGAAGUGACGUUGCUAUUGACAACGUGCGACUACAGACAGGAACAUGUAAGUAAA